AUGGCCUACUACGACGAACGCCAGUAUUAUCCCCCCACCCGUGAUCGUCACUCCCGGCCGGCCACAGGGCACGCGCAGGACUACUACGGGGGCCAUCCGUCGCACACGGAUGUCGUCCCUCGUCCCAACUUCAGUAACGAGUCCAUCGAGGAGAUUCCGCGCGACUAUCCACCAGGCGACUACGCCUACGAGUACGGUCACGGCUAUCCUCCCCCGCGACACUCUAGAGUUGCUACCGUCCAGGAAGGCGUGCGACGCUCUCACUCGUUGGGUGGUGGCGCCCGUGGCGGCCCAUACUAUGAUGAGUCCGACUACUACUAUCGUCCCAGUCGAGGCAGACACUCCAGACACCACGAUGACCGACGCGGCCACUACAAAUACUCCCGCUCCCCAUCAAGCAGCCGCUCCCCGCCCCGUCGCCGGCGCAAGUCCCUCUCCGAGCAGGCGCUCAGCGCCCUAGGGCUCGGCUCUGCCGCUGCCAGCGGCUCGCGACACCACGAGCGCAGUCGUAGUCGCGGCCGGCGCGAUCACCACGGCCGGUCGUACUCGUACUCGCCGUCGCCAACGCGGGGCCACCGCGGCAGCCAUCAUCGCGACAAGAGUGAGCAGCGCAUCGCGCAGGCCGUCAAGGCUGCCGUGACCGCGGGCGCCGUCGAAGCCUUCCGUCUGCGGAAAGAUAAAGGCGAGUGGACCGGCGAGAAAGGCAAACGCAUCCUCACCGCCGCCCUCACAGCCGGCGGUACAGACGGCCUCGUCGACCGCGACCCUGGCAAACACUCCAAACGCCACAUCAUCGAGUCCACACUCGCCGGCCUGGCUGCCAACCACUUUGUCAAGGGUCCCCGCUCGCACUCGCGGUCCCGCUCCAGGCACGGGCGGUCGGUCAUCGCAGUCACAGCCGGCGUGCGCGAUCUCGCCGCUACAGGCGCCCUCGCAGCCGCGGGAAGGAGCCUGGAGCCGUACCAGCGGUCUGGUCCCGCCCGCGGCGCGGCCGGUCGCUCUCGCGCGACGGCAGCUACGACGACAGCGAGUCCUCGCCGGGGCGGCGGCCCCGUCGACAGCGCAGUCGCAGUGUAUCGGACUACAUCAGUCGCGGGCUAG